UCUAAAUGCGGAAGUUUGACUGAAGUUAGUUGAGCAGCAGAAACAAAGCGACGAGUUGCUGCGCAGCUGGAAACUUUAUUUUCCCUGAGAGCUGGAAGAAAGUGAGCGCUCCAUCAUGACCUCUGAAGUUUACUCCACGACGACGGCUCCGAACCCCAAAUCCUCAUUGUGCCUGGUUCCAUCAGAACAUCUGGACAAACCCCGCUUCCUGGUCAAAGUUAGUGAAGUGCUGCUCUCCUUCGUGGCCUUCAUCCUGGAGGAGGUGGUCAACAGCUGCAUCAGCUGCUCCGCCCUCUACUUCUUUGAGUUUGUCAGCUGCACCGCCUUCCUCUUCACCCUGCUGCUCCUCAUCCUCCUCUCCACCAGCCUGCACAGCAGGGUGGGCAUCACCUGCUGGUCCAGCCUGGACUUCAUCUACACUUGCGCCAUCGCCCUGUUCUUCUGCAUCUCCUCCAUCGCUUUUGCUGCACAAAACAGCGGCACGGACCUGGAGAAGAGUGCUGUGGCGUUUGGUUUCCUGGCAAUGGCGGCGUUUGUCAUUGACAUCGUCUUGUUUAUUAAGACCUGCGGGUUUCCGCUGAAGAAAGGCGGGAAGCAGGAGUCCAGUAACGGCGGCCCCGCAGCGAUGGUGGCUCAACCUGAGGCGGAGAAACUCAACCCGCCGAUCAACGUGGCAUCAUAAGUCUGUUUCUCCGUUCACAUGGGUGCGCUGUGCUCAGAGGUCAGAGGUUAUUUUAUGCACUAUUCCUUUAACGUGACGACAGGAGGCGGAGCUUCAACGGCAGGUUGUUGACCUGAUGUCCAUUUUUUAAGUCAUUUAAAUCCUGUUUUUAAUUGUCGUUCACCUCAAUCUGCCUAUAUUGAAUCAAUCAGAGUCGCUCAGCGUGGCUUUUUAACACCAGCAGGUGCAUUGAUGGAAAAAUACUGAGGCGGGAACGAUCCAGAUGUUUUUCCUGUUUUUUUAAAGAUUUAAAAUGAGGUUUUUAAGGAAGAACAGACACUAAAACCAUCGAACCACUAAACCAUCUCUUGAUUGAAACGUUACAGUGAGUUAGAGCUGGACACAUGGACCUGUCUUUACUGUUCUCUACUCUGUUUUUUUAAAAUCAUGAAUUUACUGACACAUUUUGUAUAAAUUGACAAUGAAAAUCAAAUCAAUACUUUUUCAUAAAUCUCCCAAAAUAAUCGACCGAUGAAAUUAAGACGAGCAGUUUUUCGUGGUGGUCAGGUGGUUCAGGUCAGCGGAGGUCAAAGGAUGAAUCAAGAUGACAAAUGAUCAGUGGCAUUCGUAAGAAAAGACACAUUUUUGUCCCAAAAAAAUAAUUAGUAAAAUAUUUUUCUCUAUAUUUUUUUUUUUCGUCCUGAGACACAAAAUAUUUCAGAUGUAACAAUCAGAAGAAAAAAUCUAAAAAGUUUAAACUCGAACGUUCCCCAAACAGCAGCAGCAGCAGCACGUCUUUAUCAGCACAGAUUAGUGUUGCUUGUUGUUUGUUGUUGAAGAAGGUGAACGGUCGAAACAAGCAGUUCUAUUUCAGAUGGUUUGGUCUUUUCCUGAAGGUGUGAUGGUUUGGAGUGUCCAGCAGAGGGAGCUGUGUGAUGCUCCUCAUCUUCACUCACUGUUGAGUCAUAGAUCCAGACAGACAGAGUCAUCUGAAACAGGAAGGUAAUCAUGCAUCAUGUUUGUUUUCAAGCUUAAUUAAUUAACCAGACUGACCAUCGUUUGUCUUUCAUCCGACCUUCAUCCAGUGAACCUGAUGAGGAAUGUUUUGACUAAUGAAUCUGAAUUAAAGCAGCAGUGAGUGACGCUGAGCACAGGAGGUUUUCUCUGUCACAUGAUCCUGCUGUUCUCUGACCAACCUGUACGGGAUCAGACAGAUGUUCCACAGGUGGCAGAUUGUAAAUGUCAAUAAAGUUCAAACUGAUUGAAACAAACAGGCGGGACCUGGACAGGUGAGAUCUGCAGCACAUGGUCAUAAUAAGAGUUUUAAUGAGCAGCUGCAGGUCGUGUUUCCACGUCUUCGUCUUUCUGUCGACAUGUGCUGCAGAUCCUCGUCCACACCUGAUCAAUCAGUUCAGUCACAGAUGAGUCAGAACAUCUGGAGCACAGCAGCUGUAUUAGUGGAGCGAGUUUCUUCCUUCAGACCCCAAACGCACCGAACAGUUUCCCAUGAUCCUCCACCAAAUGCACCAUGAAGUGACGCCUCCUGAUCAGUCCCUCAGUGUCCUACCUGAACGUCCACCUGUCUCUCUACCUGACCUCUGACCUCCCUGUGGAACAAUCACUUUGUCAUUCCAUCACUUUAAAGGAAAAAUCCCCCAACAACACUUUGUUUUUCUUCCUGUGGUGAAAUGGCGGCGAGGUGGCGUCCAGCUCUUCAUGUGUCUGCUCAGCCUCGUCUUCAUUUCUAAAAGGUUCUGUGUGUGUUUUUUAAAUAUUGUUUUAUAUUCAACUUUUACGAUUGUGAAGAGAACACCUUAAUUAUUUUUUUCUUCGGGUUUUUUCCACUUCAAUGGUUCACAUCCUUUAGUUCUUCACCACACUGCUUCCUGUUCCACCAAUUUAACGCUCGUCUUCAUCACUUUAAUUUUUAAGAUGAAUGUUUAUGAAGGAAAUGAUGCUGUUUUGUCAGAUAUAAAUAUUCAUCAUAUGAUAUCAUAUCUUACUGUCACUGUAUGUAAUGAUUGUUGCUCGUUGAUCACUGACUCAGAAGAAAGAGUUCAGGAUAGAAAAAGAAAAGAUUCGUCUGAAUUAGUGUGUUUAUGACGUCCUGAGAGAAGCUGCCAGCUGCGCAGCAGGGAGAGAGUUUUUAUGGAUUUUUUUCGUUGAAUAAAGACAAAACAAAACUUUAUUGACAAUGAAUUAGCUGCCAUUUGUGCCUCUUUGUGGUUGUUGGUAGUUGUAGUUGUUUUUUGUCUUUGUGCUUCUCUGUCGUCGUUUUCCUCCCAGAUGUGGGUUUAGGGAUCAAAACAACAUCAUGCUUAGGUGAAAUAUUCCUUUAAUAUUUUUAAUUGUCAGUUAAAACUCUAAUCAACCUCCACACACACACACACACACACACACACACACACACACACACACACACACACACACACACAGAGUGGCUUUAGUCACAAUGAUGCUGUUUAAAAGAUGAUUUUUGUUCUUAUUUUAACAUUUAUGCCCAGAAAAUAAAGCGGACUGCAAGUUCAAACCAAACACAACACAGUUCCACCUGUUCCUGCUGCACGUGUCAUGUUUCUAGAUGUUUAAAGAUGACGCUUUUUUCUACAUUCCUUUGUUUAGUCGAAUCAUUUCUUCUUUCUCUGUUUUUUCAUUGUGUUCAAUUUCCAGAAUUUCAUGAGACAAAGACGAAAUUUUGACGUCAAAACUAACAAGUUUCUACUGAUGAUGAUGAUGAUGCUGUUGUGAGAAAUUAAAUCUGAUAACUAAAAACUAACACAUCCAUAUAUGACCAAGCAAAAGCCAUGAGAGGAAUCAUGUAACUGACAUAAUUAUGAGAAGUCAUGUCAUGAUUUGGACAUAUGAGUAAUUGACAUUUGUUUUGUUGUCUGGCGGGAAACUGGUUCAGACCGGAGACAGGAAUCUGCCUUUGACUCGUUUUUACAUUUGACAUUUAUAAAAGUGAAAACAUGACAGUUGUAAAAUGUCUAAUGAAUCACUGAAAAUCAUAUUUAAUUAUUCAUGUCUGUCUGAUAAUCCAGAAAUCUGUUUUAUAUCAACAUGAUUCAUGUUCACUCUCUUCUGUAACAAAGACUGUAUGAAGGUGCAGUGAGGCUCACUCUGUCUAUGAUCAGUGAAUAUUCUGUCAUGUAAUAAAUACAUUUUCAAGAAAUAAA